AUGGUUCUUUAUAUUAUUGGCCUCGGUCUUGCCGACGAAAAAGACAUCACAGUCAAAGGACUGGAGAUUGUCAAGUCAUGCGAACGAAUCUAUCUAGAAGCCUACACCAGCAUUCUAAUGGUUUCAAAAGAAAAAUUGGAAGCAUUUUAUGGAAAAGAGAUUGUUAUUGCUGAUAGAGAGAUGGUUGAAUCAGAGGCCGACGCUAUUUUCAACAAUGCUGAAAAUGUUGAUAUCGCCUUUUUGGUGGUUGGCGAUCCUUUUGGAGCAACAACACAUACAGAUCUGGUAGUUCGAGCCAAAGAACGAGGCAUUAAAGUUGUCAGCAUACACAAUGCUUCUAUUAUGAACGCUAUCGGCUGCUGUGGUCUUCAGCUCUACAACUAUGGCCAAACAAUCUCGAUCGUCUUCUUUACUGAAAACUGGCGUCCCGAUUCGUUUUAUGACAAGAUUAAACAGAACAGAGAUUUAGGCUUGCAUACUCUAUGUCUUCUUGACAUCAAAGUGAAGGAGCAAAGCAGCGAAAACAUGGCCAGAGGACGCAAGAUUUAUGAGCCACCAAGGUAUAUGACUGUAAAUCAGGCAGUUGAGCAACUUUUAGAGAUUGAAGAAAAACGUGGACUUCAAGUAUACACUCCAAGCACUAUUGCAGUCGGACUUGCUCGGAUCGGGUCAGAGGACCAAUCAAUUGUCGCCGGUACAAUGGAGGAGCUUCUGACUGUAGAUUUUGGCGGUCCUUUGCAUUCAUUUGUCAUUCCAGGAAAUGUGCAUUUUCUGGAAGCAGAUAUCUUGCGCAUGUUUGCUGUAGACAAAAACUCUUUUGAUUCAAAUGUCAUAGUUUUGGAGCAUUAA